GGGGCGCCGGUGAUCCCCAUCUCCGCACAGUUGAAGUACAACAUAGAGGUGAUCUGCGAAUACGUCGUCAAGAAGAUUCCGAUCCCUGUGCGAGACUUCAUCAGCGAGCCACGUCUCAUAGGUGAGUACCUGUCUCAUAG